AUGCCUCUUCCGCCCCGGAUCGCGCGAGCAAGAAGGGACGCCCGCGCGAAAAAGGCAAAGGCGUUCCUGAACAAGACUGUUCCCCUGGUCCUUCAAUCCAAUGCCCGCGCGAGAAGAGGAGUAGAAGCAGCCUGUCUCGUCGUCGAUCCUCCCAAGUGCAAAUCCUCCCAGGAAGCUGUCCGGCGUGACGGACCCUCCGGAAAGACUUUGCCAAAAGAUGCCGGGCCCGAGCCGUCGACUGUGGCUAUCCGCAUCACCCUCCGGGUUACGGAUACCCUCGAAGCAGCAUCCCGGCUUAUGCCUCGCGUGGCCGUCCUCAACAUGGCCAGUCCCUUGCGCCCUGGCGGUGGCAUUUUGACCGGUGCCACGUCGCAGGAGGAAUGCCUCUGCGGGCGUACGACGCUAUAUCCUUCUCUGCGGGAGGAUUUCUACCGUCUCCCCGAUGUAGGAGGCGUGUAUACGCCCGACGUGCUUGUUGUCAGGAGCUGGGAUCCACAGGGCGAUGAUCUCCCCGUCUCGAAGAGGUUUUUCGUGGAUGUGGUCACAGCGGCCAUGUUGCGGAUGCCGGAUGUGGAGGGGAAUGUGUACGUGGAAGAUAAGGAUAAGGAAAUAGUCCUCAGGAAGAUGAGAGCUGUGAUGAGGAUGGUUAAGGGGAGGGGAGUUGACAGGCUCGUGCUGGGGGCUUGGGGAUGCGGUGCGUAUGGAAAUCCAGUCAGAGAAAUCGCGAGAGCGUGGAAGAAGGUCUUGUGUGGAAGAAAAGGGAAGGACAAAGAUGAUGGAGAGGGAUGGGAUGGUUUGGAGGUUGUGUUUGCCAUCAAGGACCGCAGAAUGGCAGACAUAUUUGCGACUGAGUUUGGAGGUGGACUGAUUGUUGAGGAGAAUGAUGCCGAAGAAGAAGCUGAGGAAGUGAAACAGUAA